GUAGUAGCAUAAACCUGCGCUAGAUUGGGACUGCUUCGAUGCUUCUACUCAUCAGAUUGGUAAGAAAGGUGGUAGGUGAAGGAUUUCUCUGAUACCCGGUUGUCAAAAUCUGCCAUUUUCAGUUGCAGAGAUCGAGGAGAAGAUGGGUUCUACCAGUAGAACUUGCUAUAGUGAUGUAUUGCCAUUCACAGCAAUGGUGAUGGUCGAGUGCAUUAUUGUAGGCGGAAAUACAUUAUUCAAAUCAGCCACCGCUCAAGGAAUCAACUCAUACGUCUUCACCACUUACGUCUUCCUCGUCGGCUUCCUUUUCCUCUUACCUUGUCCAUUCUUCAUCCGCAGAAGUUCAAACAACCAGGGGCUGAAAUUCUCCAUCGUUAUCAAGCUUUUCCUUCUUAGCUUGAUAGGGUACUUGUCUCAGAUAUUUGGAUACAUUGGUAUCAAGUACAGUUCUCCAACACUUUCUUCAGUUAUGAGCAAUCUGGCACCUGCUUUCACCUUCAUACUUGCAUUCUUUUUCAGGAUGGAGAAAUUGAAUUUGCGAAGCUAUACCAGUCAAGCAAAAAUUGUGGGAACAAUAGUGUCAAUAUCGGGAGCACUUGUAGCAACACUAUAUAAUGGUACAUCAGUUACCGUAUCAUCAGAUUCCUCGAGCUUAUAUUGGAUUAUUGGUGGGAUUUUACUUGCAAGUCAGAACUUCUUACUUUCAUUUGUUUUGGUUUCCCAGGCACACAUCAUGAUGGAAUAUCCGGUGGAACUAAUGGUCGUUUUUGUAUUUGGAUUAAGUGGGUUGAUUGUAGCUGCGUUUGCAGGGUUAAUUAUGGUGAGAGAUUUAGAUGCUUGGAAUCUAAAACCUGAUAUGAUGUUGGCUUCUAUUAUUUACAUGGGCAUAUCUACAGGAUUUCUGAAUGGUCUCAUUCAAGUAUGGGCUCUGCGGUUAAAAGGCCCGGUUUAUGUAGCCAUGUUCAAGCCAUUAUCAAUUGUAAUUGCGGUUGGGAUGGGUGCCAUCUUCCUCGGAGAUUCUCUCCAUCUUGGAAGUGUUGUUGGGGGGAUAAUAAUAUCAUUAGGGUUCUAUGYUGUUUUAUGGGGAAAAGCUAAAGAAGAUGGCAGUCAUGUUGAUGACAAGGAAGCAGCUUCAUCAUCCACCCAAACCACCUCUCUGUUGCAACCCCAUGAGGUAUGAAUGCGCAACUAACAUCGGUGYGGUAGUCAAAUUCAACACAAGUAUAGACAAAUCCAUUGCAUUGUAAGUUGCAUACAGCAAACUUGAACAYGCCCAAAAGCUUACGAGAGACGAGCGGUAGGAGAAGAAGGGUACGUUGAGGGUGGUUUUGCACCGAGCAAAGUUGCAUGGUUUCAUCCUCAUUGGCACACUUGUAGAAGGGUAUGUUGGCGAUUGGUCUCACACAUCCAUUACAUAACAAUUCAGUCUUUUUUAUUGGGUUAUGAGAGGAUAACAGUUUCAUUCUUGGGGAGGUUGGCUUCGACUAAGAUUAGUGGGUGUUGGGUCUAUUCCAUAAGUUUGAUAUCCACUUUCUUUGAAAAUUAAAUGUUUUAAGAUGCC